AUGCUAGAGAUUCAUACACGCAGAAUCCGGGGAGAGAGGUUAUCCCGCAAGCAAACCCGACUGUUAAAGGCAAGCGAACAAUAUCCAGAACUGGACUCUUUGAAAGAGCUCAUCGAUUUUGCACAUCACCGUUUUGAGGAAAGAGAAAACGUCAGUCCGCCUCCUGGCGCAAAACGACGUAUCGCUCACAAUUUGAUGGAGCUGAUUGGUCGUGAUGCUGCGGAAGAUGGUGCGCUGUCAGGAGAUGAACUCGGCUUGCAGCCAGCCUACAGCCUGGAUCUAGUCGGAAGUGAUAGUGAACUUGCCUUACCACAUGUUUCCGGUGAUCUGCCGCCGCCAAUUCCUGAAGCGGCGGAUCCGCUUAAUGAGACCGUCAUCCUUGACGAUGAAAAGGUCGAAUCGGUAACGUCUCCAGUAGAAGAGGCGUGUCACCUGAAAUUGAAGGUUGUGCAAGGCGGCGAGCCUGAACGUGAGUAUGACAUCUCUUUCCAACCUAUGAUUAUCGGACGUGGGGAUGAUGUAGCUGUCCAGUUAGAUGCCAACACCCCUGUAUCACAGCGUCAUGCGUUGCUUACCGUUGAUGAUGAUGAACUCCUAAUCACAAAUCUUGACAGCCAUAGCGGCACGUGCGUUGAUGGUGCUAAGAUUACUGAACCAACACCGCUUCAUGUUGCUUCUAGGAUACAGAUUGGCGGACAGGUGCUUGAAGUGGUUGCGUUUCGGCGGGAUGCUAGUGUCCUUGGUGUCUCCUUUGAAGUCGUAGAAGGACCAGAUGUCGGACAGGUUCACUGGGUCCAUUUCAAGAAAUGA